CAGAGGAAGACAUUACUGGGUACCUACAACCCAGCGGCUGUUUGGGGGUCAGAUUGUGGGCCAGGCGCUGGUGGCUGCAGCCAAGUCUGUGAGCGAAGACGUCCAUGUGCACUCCCUGCACUGCUACUUUGUACGGGCAGGGGACCCUAGAGAAGAACAAAGCCUGGGGCCAAGAAGAGUGUUGGACCUCACACCUGAGAUAACUGAGUGCGUGUUGAUGUGAAAAUGUUGGGGUUCGGAGCAAAUGGUCCAGAAAGAAUUCUUGAAGAAGUCUUCGAUGCAAAAAGGGCCUACCUGCACUGUUCCAAUAAAAAUGUCCAAGAACAGGUCUGGAACUCAUUCACACUGAAAGGGGACCCCAAGUUGCCGGUGCUGUACCAGGUGGAGCGGACGCGGACAGGGACAAGCUUCUCGGUGCGCUCCGUGAAGGCCGUGCAGCAUGGCAAGCCCAUCUUCAUCUGCCAGGCCUCCUUCCAGAAGGCUCAGCCCAACCCCGUGCAGCACCAGUUCUCCAUGCCCAGCGUGCGCCCACCCGAAGAGCUGCUGGACCACGAGGCCCUCAUCGACCAGUAUUUAAGGGACCCCAACCUCCAAGAGAAGUACCGGGUGGGACUGAACCGAAUUGCUGCCAAGGAGGUGCCCAUUGAGAUUAAGCCGGUAAAGCCACCUACCCUGAGCCAGCUGCAGAGCAUGGACCCCAAACAGAUGUUCUGGGUGCGAGCCCGGGGCCAUAUCGGGGAGGGCGACAUGAAGAUACACUGCUGCGUGGCUGCCUACAUCUCGGACUACGCCUUCCUGGGCACGGCAAUGCUGCCCCACCAGCGGCAGCACAAGGUGCACUUCAUGGCCUCUCUGGACCACUCCAUGUGGUUCCACACCCCUUUCCGAGCUGACCACUGGAUGCUCUAUGAGUGUGAGAGCCCCUGGGCUGGUGGCUCCCGGGGGCUGGUCCAAGGGCGGCUGUGGCGUCGGGACGGCGUCCUGGCUGUGUCCUGUGCCCAGGAGGGCGUGAUCCGAGUGAAGCCCCGGGUCUCAGAGAGCAAGCUGUAGCCAGAGGGACCAGCUUGGCCUCGGGCUUCAAGGAUCACUCUUCUCCCCACCAACUCCGUACAGUUGAGGGCUGGGCUUUCUGUCCCCAAACCCAAUAAAGAGACUAAUACCACUGGA